UCUGUACGAGUGCUCGUAUUUCGUCUGUCCAAUUGCUAUACAGCACGAAGAGGGUCCCGCAGUUGCCUUUCCGCACGUCCAGGAAGCUUGUGACUGGCUGAAACGCGGUCCCGGCGCUCAGCAGCCGGUAACUUGUCGUCGAAGUAGCAUUGGCCAGUGCAGACCAAGCUACUAGCCGUAAUGGUCGAGAUGUGUAUUACUUGAACUACGAUAGCCUGCUCGUUUCGUAUAUUCGUCGUUCGGGAUGGACGCAGUACUGCAGAGAAUCGGCGCGGCGUUAGCAUAAUAAUUGAAGGUACAAGGUGGCGUGCGUUUGCGCCCCGCCAAAACGCCGACAUCACUAGCUCAGCUGGCAAACGUGGGAGACCGUGGAGCAUGGAAUACCUCUUUGCUCAACUGCACCGCAGUAGAUGCUCUUCCACUGACUCGUCCACCUGAGGUAGGCCGCACCACGACUUACUUACAGCGCAAUGUAAUGUACGACGGGAGAGCAAGCGUAGCCAGGCCCCGAACUAACUCGUCCUGAACGCAUGAUUGCCUACCAAGCCAACAUACAUCGAUGCGCCGUCACACCGCAGCACAAACGUCAGCCCAGGGCCUCAACGGCAGGUAGCCAGUUCGCUUUAUAGAAACAUUGCCUGAUCUAAUGCAGCCCCCAGCGUAGAGCUGUGUCUGGACAAACCUGGAGGGUUUUCUGCACGUCAAGAAGAAGAAUUCUUUCCAGCCCUGACAUGUAGACCUGGCUCGAACCCUGACCCCUGCGGAGCUGUUGCCCCAGCAAGCCAGAGGUGCUGAGCGCGACUGCUAAACCUUUCAUCCUUGCUUUAUACCUUGGAUCGCGGGCCAGAGGAUUACUAGUAGUGCUAGUGGUUGUUCUGCUGCUGCUGCAACGAGCGCUAAUGAGUGUCGAGGUGUUGGAUGUUUUUGUGCAUCGUGGGGCUCUGCUAAGCUGAAUUCGUAGUGCGGUAGGGAUUGAACACUGGAGCACAUGAAGUGAACAGCAGGUGUAUCUCUAGCUCGUGUUUGGGGAUUCAACGGUGUCCCUUUCAACACUCGGCAAUGGAACUGGAUAGAGCAAGUCGCUGAAACUGCCGAAGUGUUGCUUCUCAACGGUCCCAGGCUUUCAUCUCGCCUCCCACUGCCAGUCAUCUUCUGUGCGUGUGUGUGUGUGUGUGUGUGUGCAGUGUGACCACACUGGUUUGUGCAUUGACACCUUGUCUGCUCAGUACGUCCAACCGUGCAAACAUGGCGGAGGAAACCAAAGCGGACGGAGAACAGCAAGCGGCCGCCUCGCCUCCCUCCACUCCCAGAGAGGAUGGCACGGCGUCGCCAGCUCCGACUGUUUCCGAAACGAAAAUUGUUUAUCACAUCGGCACGCAGGACAUGCCCUACUUAGUGAAAGUCGCCAAAACCGUUGACAAGGUGACGCUGCUGGAUUUCAAGAAUUCGCUCAGUCGUCCGCUGGCGAACACAAAGUUUUUCUUCAAGACCAUCGACGAGGAUAUUGGCGUGGUCAAGGAGGAAAUCGAGAGCGACGACUCCGUGUUACCGUCCGAGAAAGGUCGCAUCGUUGCGUGGCUUGUUCGCAAUGAUCCUGCACCGUCAGAAGGUUCUGAUAAGUCGUCCAACGGUGGCUCGGCACCGGAUCUGGUCAAACAAGUCACCUCCAGACAGGUCAAGCACUAUCCGUCAUCGGCUUCGAAUAGUAGAAAGCGCUCCUCAACGAGCGAUCUUUCGUCGUCGGGACGGAAGUCCGAUGGUGAUUGCUUGAGCCUUGGCUCUGCUCUCUCCGAUGAUGACGCACGGUCGAGGCGCAGCGGUCGUCAUCGCCAGUCCAGCAGAUCUGGAUAUCGGAAAUGCUCAUCAGGUACAGCUAGUGACAGUGGUAGCAGUGUGGAUAGGAGAAGACGCAGACAAGUGCGCACGUCAGGUCAUGAGAGUGAGCCGGGACUGUCGGGAACGGAGAGUAUGGCAGAGACGAUGUCGGUCAUGUCCAGUGAGCUGGACGCUAGCAGUUACUUUGAAUCUGACUGCAGCAGCCGGGUCAGCUGUUCCGAUGUUCAAAGUGUCCGCUCUGCUCGGUUUCGCUCGCGACGCAAACGCAAACACUUACCUCGGUAUGAAUCGUACAGCAGUGUGACAGAAUCCACCGUGGAGUCCCUGAACAUACUCACUGUCACACUGGAUAUGGAAAAUGUCAACUUUCUUGGAAUCAGCAUUGUCGGACAGAGCAAUGAUGAUGGAGAUGGCGGCAUAUUUGUAGGCUCUGUCAUGAAAGGAGGUGCUGUUGACCUGGAUGGAAGAAUAGGCCCUGGCGACAUGAUACUGCAGGUGAAUGAUGUCAACUUUGAGGAGCUGAACAAUGAUUCUGCUGUCAAAGUGAUGCGAGACAUUGUCAAGACUCCAGGCCCCAUCACAAUCACUGUGGCAAAGUGUUUCGACCCGACUCCAGUCGAGACAUUGGAGACGAUAAACCCUAGAACUGAUCCGGUGCAUCCUAUCGAUCCGAGUGCGUGGGUCAAGCAUACGCAAGCCAUUCAAGCGCUGUACGGUAGCUACACCGAUGGCACGAUGAGCAGCAUCACGUCGACCAGUUCCGGAACGUCGUUCACCGGAUCCGAGCUACCCGAAGCUGAUCGACCCAUUCUACCACGCAACAACAAGAUGCUGUCGGCUGACACGCCAGUCGACCAAGUAGCUAGGAUCAUGGCGGCCAGUAACUCCGGGCUGGAGGUGCGCGACCGCAUGUGGCUCAAGAUCGUCAUACCACGCUCCUUCAUUGGGUCCGACGUAGUAGAAUGGUUGUUCACCAACAUUGAGGGCUUAAAGGAAAGGCGGCAAGCUCGCAAGUAUGCCAGCAGCAUGCUACGAGCUGGGCAUAUCCGACACACCGUCAACAAGAUCACGUUCAGUGAGCAAUGCUACUACAUCUUCUCAGCAGAAAUCAUCAAAGACUUCCCACACUUGCAAGUGCAGUCCAGCAAGAACGGCAAGAACGGCAACAUCAAAGUGGCCGGAUCGGAUCGUCCCGUAGGUCCCUGGACGCCACUGAGUUACACCAUCGCCGGCCCGAGAGCAAUGGGCAUGAUGACGGACAGCAGCAGCGGCGGAGGCGCCAACUCUGAGCGCAUGCACCAGUACCUACGCCCGUACGACAGCAUGUCCAUGUCGACGCUGGCCUCGCUGCACCGCAACGCCGCCGCCGAGACCUCCAGCCUGGACAGCCAUGUGAUGGCGGGACACGGCCAUGCACACUCCCCCGGCGGCGGCCACGGCACACUGGAACAGCACAGUCCCAACGGCAGCGUGACCAGCGUCGACAGCAGCGCCAGCACCAUCACCAGCGCCAGCCGCGUGGCCGCCAACCAGUAUCGCAAGAUCAGACGCCACUUCGACGCCAUGUCCGUCAGCAGCAGCAACAACCUGUCGGACAAGGAGAAGGAGCGCUUGUCGCGCAUCGCCAGCAAGCUGCGUCGCGGCAGCAUGUCCAGUCUCAACACGCUAUCCAGUGCUGUCCCUCUAUCACCCGCCAGUGGCAUGACUGCACAGCAGAAUGGCAAGCAAAUGGUAGACACCGACAUGACCAGCAUGUCGCAUUCCGCUGAUGUGCAGUCGCCGCAUUCCAAAUCGCCGCAUUCCAAGUCGCCGCAUUCCAAGUCGCCGCAUCCCAAAUCGCCAUCGCCGCUUCUCACCAACAGAAGGAAUGGCAAGAAUGUGGACAAUGUGUCCUUGGCGGCCAGUGACAUUUCUCCACAUCAGCAGCAGCAUCAGCAACAAGCCGGACUUCAAAUCCAGUUGCCUGCACACUUGGCUGUCAGCCAGCAGAGCUUCCGCCAGGCCAUGAAGCAGCCGCACAACCAAUUCUACAUGGAUGUCAUGUACAUUUAAAAUAGAUAAACGGAGGAGAGAGGACGCUUAGCUGGCGAGAAAGAAUGUGUAACGUUGAAACUAAACUAUAGUGGUAUAUCUAAUAUUUUUUUACCAAACCUAAAUGGAUGUACAUAAUAAAUUAAUAAUACUAAAUGGGUUAUAUACAAAGUACAAGCAAGUAAGUAUAAAUAAUGCCAAUGCGACAGUGCAAAUUGAUAAGUUGCUUGUAGAGGAAUUUUUUAGGCAAAUGUUGAAGAAGAAUAUACAACAAUACAAUAUUUAUAGCAUAA